GAACUCAAAAUGGCGAACGGAAGGAGUCUAUGGACAACAACAAAAUAAUGUGCAGACAUAGGUCUUCAUCGGUUUUGUUUGUUACUUUAAAAUCUGCUUGAAAUUUAGCAUGGCCUCUUUUGUUUAUAUGAUAUUAUUGAACGUUAUUUACAUUUUUGUAAGCUAAAUAGUAACUGUCUGUAAGAGCUGACAACAACAACCUACCCCUACCUACUACGACUACUACUCUUACUCUGCUACUACACUUGCACUAGAAUUUCAAUUACUAAAAACUAAAAACCAAAUGAGAUAAAAAUUGAAAAUCAUGCCUAGUCCUAAUUUGAUUAUAAUUAAUUAAAUUAAAUACUACUCUUUAUUAGCCUAGCUGAACUCAUUAUUUUGGACCUGGACGGCAUUUCACAUUCUUUCCUACUUUGCUUUUAAAUAAUUUAAUUGGGGGGGGGGGGGGGGGGGGCCUUAAUUAUAAAAAUUUUUAAUAAUUUAAGUCCAGUAAAUUAGUGAGAUUUAAAAAAAUGCUAACUAUUUGUGUUUUCAACCUACCUCUUACUUUACUACAAUUUUUAAAAAAUAACUAAUGUUUUAGUAACUACUAACCUUAAGUACCUGUAGUCUGAAGUAAGUCUUGAGUCUUACUAGUACUAGUGCUACUAGGCGAAGUAACUUGACUUGACUGUAACUGAAUUAACUGUACUAACAUUUAUAAUUUUUUAUGAUUUAGGCUAGUCCUAGUCCUAUUUAAACUAAAGCUACAUAUUUUUAUGCCAGAAUAUACUUCUCUAUAAACUCUAUAAUUUAUAAUGCAAGGGCAAGGCUUUGGUGUUGGUAUCAACGAAUAGACUAAUACUAAUUUUAAUAAGUUAAAUAAGUAACCAGUAACUAGGCUAGUCAGUAGUGCUUAUAAAUGUACUAGUUAGUGGUGUGCACAAUUACUUAAUUUAUUGGUUAAUGUCGUAUUAGCAUAUAUUAUAUGAACAUAUAUAAUAACAUCCACAUAUAAUGCGAACACCAAAUAUUUUGUUUUAAAACUAACCUGAAAUGCUAUGUCCACGGAUAAUGUGAUCUGUUAUCUUGUUCCAUUACAUUAUUAAUAAUACAAUACAAAUUACAAAAGAAAUAUUUUAAAAUUCAAAAGUCAAAAUCCUCGAAAUUCUUUUAAUAUUUAAAAUUGUGGUUAAACCGAUACAACUAUAAUAAUAUCCUGCCAAGCGGAUGUUACUUUCAUUGCUGGCUUGGUUAUCAAAUGCUGAGUGGGUAAAGAAGAUUUGUUUGCUUUAGAAUUUGUAAACAUCAUUAGGGAAAAAUUGCUUACACACAAUCAUGGGCAUAUAAUGCAAACACCUAACUUAAGUAGCAUUUUUUACCAUAAACUUCUGGCAUUAGACGAGUUAAUAUAAAUUAGGUUAUCUCUGUCUUUGAUGUCUACCUUUGGAAGCAGAGAAGUUUUUAGGAAAUGUAGUGAGUCAUUAAGUUUACUGUCUAUCAUCGUCACCCUUGUUUUGUCGGCUUAAUUAUCUACCGUUGUAAAAGUAUUGAUUUUUAUAGUCUUGUUUCAGAUAUAUCUUCAGUUAUAGGAACAUCAGUAUUAAUUUCUAAAUUAGUUUCAAUAAGCUGUACAUCAAUCUGUUCGAUUGUUUCAUCAUCUUAACGUACUAGUGUAUUAAACUUAGCAUGCUGUCACAUAUACUAUUAGCUUGGAAAUACAUGCUUAACUUUGAACUCUCAUAACUUUUAAAAGCAAGAAUAUAGAAACAUACAGAUUUCUUAUUUUUAUAAGAGCAUCUUUCUGGCAAGAGCAGCAGUCAAUUUUAGCAGAUGAAUGCAUGGUAGUUUAGUUGGGACAGUUAGUCUGACGUGCCACUGUCCGGCGUAAUUUGCAGGCCCUUUUGGGAGUUAGGCAGGCAUUAUCGGGUGCUAAUGGCAGUUGAGGGUUAAAAUAACAAAAUUCUUACUGGAAAUUUUAAGGUUAAAACAAAUAAUUUCGUAUAUUUUGGCAUGUUCCAGUAUCUCAGUGGUUGGUAAUUUUUUCUGCCAUCAGAUGUGCCACAGACAUCUAAGUGGUAGCUAUUUAGAUUCCGUUUGUGGCAGGGGUAAGUGCUCCGCACAUAGAGGUGCAUUGAUGUGCCACAGGCAUCUUAGGUGGUAGUUGUUUAGUUCUGUUUGUGGCAAAGAUAAAUGCUCCACACACAGAGGUGCAUACUGAGCCUGCAUGCCUGGUAAACCCUGAGUUUUUUAUUUUCUGUUUGGUUAAGUUGUUCAACACCUGCCAUGAUGAUCGUGAUAUUAACGGCUUCAUUCUGACAAUACCAUAUUCAAUUCUAUACAGAGACUUGUAUUUUACCGCACUCUAUUGUGAUGUCUUUUUUUUUUAGAUGAAAUACAUUGUAACUUUCUUCUAUGUGAUGUCUUAUUUUAGUUGUGGCAAUGAAUACUAAAGAAGCUGAUUUAAAGUUGAGUUUUUUAUUUUCUGGUGGGUUAAGUUGUUCAACACCUGCCAUGAUGAUCGUGAUAUUAAUGGCUUCAUUUUGACAAUACCAUAUUCAAUUCUAUACAGAGACUUGUAUUUUACCGCACUCUAUUGUGAUGUCUUUUUUUUUUUUAGAUGAAAUACAUUGUAACUUUCUUCUAUGUGAUGUCUUAUCUUAGAUGUGGCAAUGAAUACUAAAGAAGCUGAUUUAAAGAAGCCAAGUGAGGCAAAACGAAUCCAACAAAAUGACCAAGAAAAGCAGAGGAAAGAAAAAAUUAAAACCUGCAUUGGAGAAAUUGCCAAAGAGCUCCCUCCUAGUGCAGAACAUAUUGAUCGCAAGCCGGUAAGAUACAUAGAAACCAAACACAAUAGAUUUUGCUCAGUUACCUGAGCUGCAAUUUUUAAUUAUGAACUUCCAUUUACCUCGUUUCUAUCCUGAAUUUUAUUUUUCUUACGGGAAUGUUAUUCUCAUUGGCUUUACGAAAUCUGUAAUUUCUUAACAUUUUGCUAGUAAUUAUUCAUGUGUAAAAGUUGCUUAGCAUUAUUUAAUAAAUAGCUUGACAUGACAGAUUUGAAAGAGGAUAUCCCUGACAUUCUAGUCUACUUUUGACCCAAAAACAUUUUACAAUUUUAAUUAUGCCAGUUUUUAACAUUCUUUGUUCAGAGCACACUUUCCAUAGUGUCCCAAGCAAAGGAUUACAUCAAGCAACUUAAAGAGAAAAAUCAAGCUUAUGAAAACAAUUUAGCAUCUGUGGACUGUAAGUGAACUUUUAUUUUUACAUACUCAUAGCAAGCAUUCAAAAUAUAUUCACAAAAUAUAUGGAAUUUUUAACCUACGUACUCCUUUAAUAUGUGAGGGAGUGCGUUCAAGCCGUGUGAGGGAGUUCAACUUGGAUGAAGGAGUGGGUUCAAGCCAUGGGAGGGAGUGGGUUAAAGCUGUGUGAGGGAGUGGACUCCGGCGGCAUGAGAGAGUGGGGUCAAGCCAUGGGAGGGAGUGCGUUAAAUCUUUGUGAGGGAUUGGCCUCAGGCCCCAUGAGAGAGUGGGGUCAAGCCAUACGAGAGAGUGGGUUCAAGGUGUGUGAAGGAUAUUGUUAGUCCUUUUAUAACACUGACCUAAAGUAAUUACUUUUGUUGGCAACCUCCAAACCAGUUUAAAAAAGAAAUAUACAAGUCAGUGCAGUCUUGUAGCUGCUGCUCAUAAAAGGAUUGAUUUGGGAUUUUUAAACUGUAAUGUAUAGAGUUUGUGAGUUUGAAAUAUUAAGAAUGUGAGUUUGAAAUAUUAAGAUCUUGUGAGUUUGAAAUAUUACGAUUUUGUGAGUUUGAAAUAUCUGAGGUUACUAAAUUAAGUUUAAAAAUUGACGCAACUCCCCAACAACAAGGAAUCAUUUUAUUAGCUGUUGCUUUAAGAGAUCAGAUGAUUUAUAUGUAUUACUUCAUUUCCUACUUGAAUUUUUCAGUGAAAGAACUCAAACGUCUGCGUGAAAAUGAAGCCGCUCAUCUGGAGAAGAUCAAAGAGUUGGAAGAAACUGUCAAGGCUUUUGGUACAUUUAUUUUUCUUGUUUCUGUAUUGGUAAAAUUGUAUUUAUAAACAAUGUGGUUACUUGUUACAUAAAAUAGCAGAGCAUCUGAACUGGAAUUUAUUAAAAAGACAUGCCUUCAAAAAAAAUUUCCUGACAUUUAUACAGGUUUGAGCAAGAUUCUGAAACCAAAGUCCAAUGAAGUUCCUUUGGCAACAAGCUCUGAUAGAGAUGGACGGCCCGGCAGGCCCAAAACUAUCAACAAACUAUUGGAAAAAGAGAGAAACGAUCAACUUCAGGUGAAGAUAAAGCAAUUGUUUUAA